GUCUCUCUCUUUCUCACACACACUCCCUGUGUUUCUUUCUUUGUAAAAAAAAAAAACUCUUGAAAUCCAAUACAGUCUGUUUCGCAUAGGAGAAGAAGAGAGAGUCUUUGUAGCUAUAUUUUUUCUUCUUUGUUUUGAGCGGAUAAUUCUUUAAUCUGCCGAAAAUGUCGACACAGAACCGGAGGUCUUCGUUCUCGUCAUCCACCUCAUCGUCUCUGGCGAAGCGGAAUGCAUCAUCCUCGGAGAAUCUUGGGAAGGUUACGGCGGUGGCCAAGAAGCGAGCGCCUCUCACUAACCUCACCAAUUUAAAGAAUUUCCCUUCUCAUGGCUCAAGAAGCUUGGGUCCAUCCGCUACCAUGGUACCAUGUUCAACCAAAAUUGGCAAGUCAAAGAAGGGUUCUCCAAUUCCCACUGGUGGUGCAAGCUUCUCUGGGAAUGCCUUACCUCUAUCCUCGAACACGAAAACCAGCUCAGUUGGUCCUAUUAGGGCUACACCUUUGCUAAGAAGUCAUGAUCUUGUCCCAAGUUUUCCUGCUGUUUCUGCCUCAUGCAGCAUGGAUGUUUCUCCAAGUAGAUCAGAUGAAAAUUCAGUAUCAAUGGACGAGACGAUAUCUACUUGUGAUUCUUUCAAGAGCCCUGAAAUUGAGUACGUAGAUAAUAAUGACCCUUCAGCAAUUGAGUCUGUUGACAGGAAGACUUUUGGCAAUCUCAACCUUUCAGACCAUGCAAAAACAGCAGAUGACAUCUGUGGAAGAGAUACAUUGGCAGAUAUGGAAACGGAUGAUAAAAUUGUUAAUGUUGACAAUAAUUACACAGAUCCACAACUUUGUGCAACCAUUGCUUGUGACAUUUACAACCAUUUGCGCGCAACUGAGGUAAAUAAAAGGCCUUCCACAGACUUCAUGGAGAGGAUUCAGACAGAUAUAAAUGCCAACAUGCGCUCAAUAUUGGUUGAUUGGCUUGUGGAGGUGGCUGAAGAGUACAGGCUGGUGCCUGAUACAUUAUAUUUGACUGUGAAUUACUUAGACAGGUAUCUUUCAGGAAAUGUGAUGAAUAGGCAACGGCUACAAUUGCUUGGUGUUGCUUGCAUGAUGAUCGCUGCCAAGUAUGAGGAAAUCUGCGCACCUCAAGUGGAAGAGUUCUGUUACAUAACCGACAAUACCUACUUCAAGGAUGAGGUUUUGGAAAUGGAAUCUUCCGUCCUAAAUUACUUGAAGUUUGAAUUGACGGCUGCGACUGCUAAAUGUUUUUUAAGGCGAUUUGUUCGAGCAGCUCAAGGCGUUAGUGAGGCUCCAUCAAUGGUAUUAGAAUGCUUGGCUAACUACUUCACUGAGUUAUCUCUCCUAGAGUACACCAUGCUUUGUUAUAAACCAUCACUUAUAGCUGCUUCUGCCAUCUUCUUGGCCAAUUUUGUGCUUAACCCUUCGAGGAGACCAUGGAAUUCCACUUUACGGCAUUACACUCUUUACCGGCCUUCAGAUUUACGCGACUGCAUUAAGGAUCUCCAUUGCCUGUGCUGUAACAACUAUAAUUCUACUUUACCUGCAAUAAGGGAGAAAUACAGUCAGCACAAAUACAAAUGUGUGGCAACGAAGGACUGCCCACCUUUGAUACCUCCAGAGUUCUUCCAUGACUUGAGCCACUAGGGAGUCAAGUCAGUGAAUUCACUAUUCCAAUGCUCUGAUGGAGGAUUUCCAGCGACUUUAAAACGGGCCGUGGCUGGUCAUUCUCCGAAAUUGUAUAAUUUCUCCGAUGGGUAACAUUUAAUGGCCACUGCACAUGUGUUCCGCUGAAUCUACCGCUUUCAGUGAACAUUUAACCAUUAAUGAUGAAAAUCUUGUAUUGUAGUCUUCUGUAUUGUUUAGCAAAUUCUACAUUUACUUCAUAGUUAACUUUUAUGCUGCAACUAACUCUGAAACUUCUAGAGCCUAGAGUAUCCAUCUAAUAAUUCAAGGGUUCAAAUCAAUGUUUCUACCAAGGCACUUGGAAAAGCAGAGAUUUAAAUAUCCGAAAAUUUUAGUCGGCCAAAGGCCCACGAUUCACAAGAGCCUUAACCGGAGAGACUUGUAUCGCUGAGAUGAGAGAUUCAUAUCCUCAAUGUAAUAAUCUCACAUGGCCAACAAGGGAAAUAGUAGUAAAAUAAGCAUUUUAAAUCAAUAGUGAAGAUGACCAAAAAUAUAAAGAGUAAAGAUGACCCCAGGGCCAGAAGGGUCUGAAGAAGGGCAUAGUAGAAAUAUACAGAGAGUCUACAGAUAUGGAGCUUGGGAAAAGAAUUCAAAACAAGUCAAGAGUUUCUUUUUUUUUUCUUUUGUU